CGGCUACAAUUCCGUGGUAUCCCUUCCCCUUUUCUCUACCCUCACCGGAAUCAUAAGACCGACGACAAGAUCGGACCCAACUCAGACACACACAUUUCUAUUUUCAGUAACCAUUUUACAAAAUCUGAAACACUAAUCGUCAAUUCAUCCUCUUUCAUCAAUAUAAGUUGAACGAUUUCUUCAAUUUGGCUUUUGAUUCUUUCCAAAUCAGGUAAGAAUCCAUAUAAUUGGAUAAAGGUUUCCUCCUUCAGAAACACCCCCAAUUUUCACUUAUUCCCCAUUGUCUCCCGAAUCCUCUCUGCUUUUCCUCCAUUUUUUUCUUUCUUCUUCACUUUGAAUCUGUAUUGUUCAUACUUUCUUUCAAGAUUCAAAGCUCAAACUUCGAGUUAUUGGAAAAGAGCCCUUUGAUUUGAGGUUAUUUGGGGUCUUUUUUUUGUCGAAAGGGCAUUAGGGUUUUGCUCUUUUGUGUUUCUGAAUAUAGAAAUUAACAAUCAUUGUUUACCGGAAUCUUUUUUUCUUUUUUGUUUUUUCAUUUGUCUUCUUUGCUGUAUAUAUUUGUGUAUUUCGAAUCAAUCGCUUGGAGAUCUGAAAAUUAUUGAGCUCCAUUUCGAUUGUGUAGAUUUAUGUUUGAUUGAUUAAUAUAACUUUCAAAAAAAAAAAAGAGAGGAAGAGAUAGAACAAAGGUAAAAGUGUGUGAAGCUCUUACAAUGUCAGUCGCUGGCGUUGCUUUGAGGCCAAUUCACAAGAGGUCCGGCUCCGUUUGUUCCAGGAGCAGUGAAUCCAUCGUGAUCUACCUAACGGUUGCCGGUUCUGUGAUUCCGAUGAGAAUUAUGGAGUCCGAUUCCAUUGCCGCCGUCAAACUUAAGAUCCAGAUAUGUAAAGGAUUCGUAGUGAAGAAACAGAAGUUAGUUUUUGGAGGUAGAGAAUUAUCUAGAAACAAUUCUCUCCUUAAAGACUAUGGUGUUUCAAGUGGUGAUGUUCUUCAUCUGAUUCUUAGGGUUUCUGAUCUCCUUGUGAUCACCGUCAAGAGUGCUAUUGGGAAGCAAUUCGAGUUUGAGGUGGAUAGAUUUAGAAAUGUGAGAUAUUUGAGACAGCUGGUAGCAGAAAAAGCUAAGGGAAUUGGAUUCAUCAAUGCUGAUGAUCACAAAAUCUUGUGUAAUGGUGAGGAUCUUGAUGAUCAGAGGUUGAUCGAUGACGUUUGGAAGAAAAAUGAUGCUGUGAUUCAUUUGGUUGUUCAAAAAUCUGGAGAAGUUCCUUCCAGUUUAGAUGAAAGAAAUCCCGAAAAAGAUGAUCGGAAAUCGAAUCCGAAGAAACCCCCAGAUAUUGAUUCUCCAUUGCAGCCGAUUAUUGUGAAUCCGGGUUCAAAACUGUCUCCGACGAUAUGGAGUAUGCUAGAUUCCACAUCUGAAGGGCUGCAGAAAGGGAAAAAACCGAUUAGAUCAUCAGAGGGUACCGGAGGAACUUACUUUAUGCAACAUCCAUCGGGAAACAGAUACGUUGCUGUUUUCAAGCCGAUAGAUGAAGAACCGAUGGCGGUUAAUAACCCUCAAGGGCUACCGGUAUCAUCGAAUGGUGAAGGAUUAAAAAGGGGGACGAAAGUAGGUGAAGGUGCAUUUCGGGAGGUUGCAGCCUACUUACUGGACCACCCGAAGAGCGGACCACGGACUUCCGGCGAUAUGGAGACAGGUUUUGCUGGUGUACCUCCAACGGUCAUGGUGAAGUGUUUAAACGGAGAAUUUAAUCAUCUCGGGGAUUAUGAUGGUGGGCCGGAAAACAUCAAGGUUGGAUCUUUACAGAUGUUUAUGAAGAACUGUGGAAGUUGCGAGGAUAUGGGUCCUAGGGAUUUUCCAGUGGAGGAGGUUCAUAAGAUCACGGUGUUCGAUAUUAGAACCGCUAAUGCCGAUAGGCAUGCGGGGAACAUUUUGAUGAACCGUGAAGGUGACCGUAUCGUGCUCAUCCCUAUUGACCAUGGUUACUGCUUGCCCGAGAACUUCGAAGAUUGCACAUUCGAUUGGCUCUAUUGGCCACAAGCCCGUGAGCCAUACUCGCGUGAAACCCUCGACUACAUCCAAUCACUAGACGCCGAGCAAGACCUAGCCCUCCUAAGCUCAAACGGGUGGAACCUGUCCCCCGAGUGUGCACGCACCCUACGCAUCUCCACCAUGCUUUUGAAGAAAGGUGCGGCUAGAGGACUCUCGGCUUACGCCAUAGGACGCAUCCUGUGCCGAGAAACACUCCACAAGGAAUCCGCAAUCGAGAAAAUUCUUGAAAAAGCUCACAGUUCAACGCUCCCUGGAACGAGCGAAGCCGGUUUCCUGAAAACCGUUACGGACCUCCUCGAUUUCGAGCUAGACAAGGCACUUUGAGAUCUUGGGGGUUCAUGUAGGUAUAUAUGUAUGUACACGUUGAAAGGUGUGGAUGACUAACUUCAUCAUCCAAAUUAUGAGAGCAAUUUUACUAAGUAUUAACUCUGUCGAGAGACAGACU